GGUCACAACAGAAAACAUGGCGGCUCCCAGGAAAGCGACCGUGCUGUUGAAAGCUGUAAAGAAAAUAGCGAUUCAGUUUUCUCCGUUUGAGUCUAACGUCCGCUCCACAAGGGAGUUCCUGGCCGUGGUAUCCUCAGAGAAGGCCAGAGCUACCAACAUGAACUGUGAGGUGAUGUGCAAUGUGAAACAUGACAAAUCCGAACCUAUAGUGGAGGUUACUUACAUAGAUGGAGAGAAGCUGGUGAUGAAGGGAGCAAAGUUGACCCCCAGCGAGAUGCUGAGCGCAUUUCAGUCACGGUGCACAGCCAAGGAUCCACAGGCACAAGCUGCACAAAAAAAAUAAAGACCCUCAUGUUAAAUGUGUUGAGUUUAUCUGUUUGUAUGAGUACAUUGUUGGAUGUUUAUAAUUAAUUUAAAUGAGGUGCUUCUUGUGUGAGUUGACCUUUGACUGAAGCUGCUUCCCAUUGACCGCGAUAUGAUGUAAUUUUGACAGGCGUGGUAUUGAGUCACUUAUCCCUCCUGCUUUUCACACACAAAUUGCACGUUUCAAAUUCCUCUGCCAUUUAAGGACUGGAUGUUGUUGGCUGUCAGUGUGGACUUUCCUAUUGUCAUCUUGAAAAAGAUUUGCAUCCACUUGUUAAGGGGAAAUAGCCCCAUCAAGUUAUGAGUAUUUCCUCUGUGUUAAAGACAUCAAUUGAAAUGCUUUAACUGCUAAAAAUGCGCUGCGAUCAGUGCUGGGUCAUGGCGUGUCCUUGUAUAAUGUGCCAUUUUCCUGAUAAAGGAGAACAUUCCAGUGUUUGAGGGAACAUUAUGCAAGCUCCAACCUUUGACAAAGUAGUCUUAAAUGUAAUCUGGCACAGUUUUAGACACAGCCCCACUGAAAUGAAAAAAAAAAAACCCCAAAACCUUUUAC